GACUUGCGCUGACCAGCUCAGAAAAUGGACAGUUUGUCCAUAAAGAACCAAUGACGUAGAACGGGCGCGGUCUGCUGUCAGAACAGGUUUGUCUUUCAACCAAAGGAAAUCUCGCUGGAGAAAGAGAGGUGGAGAGAGAAUCAGAGGGAGAGGAAAGUUCGCCAGCUCGAGCUCUCCCGGAUUUCCACCUGACUGUUCGGGAAGCGGGACACUGGGACAGGCAAAAUGUUGAGUUUGGGGAGCGGAGGAGCCAAGUCUACUAAACCGUCGUUUGUGUCUUAUGUUACACCCGAGGAAAUAAAAUCGGAGAAAGACCCACCGAAGCAAGAAAAACAUCCUGAUUUGCUACCAGGUGAAGUGGAGUUCUGUAGCGCCAACCCCAUUCUCAAAUACACUCAGGAUGAUCUCUCCCAGCGUGGUGUCUUUGGCACAUUGUUCUGCACCAAUUUUCGUGUUACAUUCAUUAGUGAUGAGAAACCACAGGAGAAGACGGACAAGACCUUUAAGAACAAACUCUAUGGAGAAAAUGACAUUCCAUUAAUGUGCGUGGAUCACAUCUAUGGUGUUUAUGAUGAAAAGAGAAAACUGAUAACAGGAGGCCUUGUGAAGAACAAAUAUCCAUCCAAAAUGAUCAUUCACUGUAAAGACCUACGAGUCUUUCAAUUCAGUCUAACAUUCAGCAAGGAGGAAGAUGCCAAAAAGAUCUUUCAGGGUAUUGCUCACCAUUGUUUGGAGGAGAAAUCUCUGAAGUGUGUCUUUGCCUUUUCUUAUAUGGGGACACCAAGCCCAGAAAUGCAGUGGAAACAGGAGACAGUUAUGUUUGACUCACCAGAGGACUGGACCCAGGAAAUGAAACGGACAAAAGCGAACUGUAGAUUAGUCACUGAAAACGAGAACUUUGAACUCUCUCAAAGGUUACCGAAGUACUUUGUCAUCCCAUUAACAAUAGGGGAUUUAUUCAGCUACCAAGGAAAGGGAUUACCAAUUUGGUGUUGGUCUCAUUACAGCGGUUGUGCUCUCUUCAAAGCGUCUUUCCCGCCUGUGACACAGGAAGAUGGGGAUUUCCAAAAGCACUUGGACACAAUGAUAAAUGCAGUUGCACAUAAUCACCUUUACUCUGUAAAAACAGAGGACCUCUCAGAAUCACUUCCUAAUAUCCAAGACAUCCAGCAAUCAUAUAACAAGUUCAAACAAUUCUUUCUUAUCGAAAAUUCAACCGAUUUUUGGUUGUCAGAUGUGAAAUGGUUCUCUUCCCUUGAAAGCUCGGGAUGGCUAGACAUUAUUAGACAAUGUCUCCAAAAAGCAGUAGAAGUGGUUGAAUGUCUCGAAAAGGACAACACAAAUGUUCUUAUAACAGAGGAAGAGGGAACAGAUCUGUGCUGUGUGAUCUCCAGUCUGGCUCAGAUAAUGCUGGACCCUUAUUACAGAACACUGAUGGGUUUCCAGAGUCUAGUGCAGAAGGAGUGGGUGGCUGGUUGCCAUGCCUUCCUGGAUCGAUGUAAUCACCUCCAUCAGAAAGACAAGGAGUGUCAUUCUCCAGUCUUCCUCCUGUUCCUGGAGUGCGUGUGGCAGCUUGUUCACCAGCACAGCCCGGCCUUCCAGUUCUCCGAGACUUACCUAACAGUGCUGUCCGACAGUGUUCACGUGCCAGUCUUUAGCACCUUCCUGUUUAACUCUUCCCAUCACAGAGAAAGUGUUAUGAAGGCAGAGUCACCGCUUGCACAAAGCGGCCCAUUGAGCUGCCCUACAGUGUGGGACUGGUCUGUGCAGUUUGACAGCAAGGCCCAGAAUUUCUUCUUUAACCCCUUGUAUUUAGAAAAGGUGAAACAUGACCGAGCUGUACGCAAACCUCACAAGCCUAAGCACCAAAGAAAUUUAUCCUUACCCAGUUCAGCUUUCAAAACCCCACCAAAGAAAGGUUUCUUUAAGGACGAGACGGACAGCCUUAAAAAGAUGCUACGAGUGAAGCGUCUCAGUCGCUGGAGGGGCUCUCCUGACGCCCCCGCUGCCACCACCCGGGAGUUCUUCGAGUCCUGGCAGCACCGUCCUCUGGACUAUCACGGCCUCCUGCUCCCCUGUCUGGAUGGACCGGCUGUCCAUAUCUGGAUGCAGCGCUACCUGCGCUGGAUACCUGAGGUGUACAUCCUGGGCGGAGGCUCCGUGGCCGUCAUGACCAAGCUUAUGGAACUUCUAAGUCAGGUGCAGGAUCUGAAGCGUGUGCUGGAGCAAAGAGACUCAUCACAAGCUGCUAAACUUGAUCACCGUCCAUACUUUCAGCACCGGCUGCUCUCGUUCGACUCCUCAGGACGAUUGUCUUCCUCCUUUCCCUUCGCUUACACCUGCUACCGAUCUUUCAAGCCCAUCAUUCCUACAGGUCUGAUGCAAAGCCUUAUGGUAACUGAUAGCCUAGCCAGUCAGGAGGAUGAGGCCAGUUCGGUUGUGAGUUUUGUUUAACAGAGAGUCUUUUUUCAGCCAUAUUUUAAAUAUUUGUCCAUUUAUAAUUAUAAUAUAAUAUUAGGAGGUAAAUACGGGAUUAUAGUGGCCUUGUCAGAUUCAGAUUAGGUGCUUAAAGUGCCUUUGGUGCUAAAGCGGGUCCUUUUGGAAAGUAAAACAGGCUUUUGUCAAACCACAUGUGCCCUACUGUAUCAAAAAAAUAAUAAUAUGAGCCUUCGGACAGGAUGUAAGCUCUUUUAUUUUUGAUGUUCUUCACGGAACAAUACCUAGAAUUGUUCUCUUGCUCAUCACAAAACAGGAACAGGAUAUAGCCCUGAGCUUCCAGCCUUUCCACAGUGCAGUGUUACAUAAAAUUAUUACCAAGUAACAUUCCAAACAGUGUUCCAUUCCAGUGGUCUAUGAAUGGAUGACAAUAGAAAUCAUUAUAAGAGUUACAAACACUUUCUAAGACUUCCACACUUUUCUGACUCCUCACAUAUUACUCUACUCAGUGGUUUGUACAGGCCACAUGUUUUCUGUAGCUAAAGAAAGUUAGCCAAGGAAAAUAGUGUGGAGCCGUCUACUGGUAUAUUAUUGUUACUGCUGCAUUUAAAAUGUAUUGAAGAUUAGAUUUUACUGGGUCAACCUUUGGAUUAAUAAAUGUUUUUUUUUUCUUAAGAAAAUAUAAGAAAACCGGAAUUAUGGAACAAUACAUGAUCAGCUGACUCAAAGUUUCAGUGCUUUGUUGCAUAAUCUACAUUGUGUGGCUCUUAGCCAUCCAGUGAUAAGCUGGCUCUUAUUUUAGUAGUACAUUAAGACACAACGAUUUAAAAAAGUACACAAAGCUGAUUAUUAAUAGUAUCACAAUUUAUUAAUACUUACCACAACAAGAUUCAACUGCCCAAUUUUAUUUAUAUAUAUAUAUAUAUAUAAUGGGAAAUCAUAGUAAACUGCAAGCCUCUGAAAAUAUAAUUAUUUAAAAAUAAGCUAAUGUAAUACUGUAUCUGCAUUUGUGCACAUUUUUUGUAUUUUCCUUUCUGAAGUGCCUGCAGGACUACUGCCACAAAUCAACAGGCUCUUCAUUUUUAAAAAAUGUGUUGUUCAAAUUAUGUUUUCAGCAUUUGAAAUUUAAUGAAACUGAUGUAAGCUCUGAACUGUUAUUUGCUGGUAAAUGUGUGGAGAAAGCAGUUUCCUGAGCAUUUUGUUUUUGUUUACAUCUUUUUCACCCUUGUUUUGCACUACGGCUCCUUGCCAGUCAAUCACUGUUACUUGAACAGUCAGCUGUAAAUCUGAUUCUGUUCACUUCAGUUCAGUUCAGCACUUCUCUUGUGUAUGGAAAGUGAUUGCAAGCUGGAUUUGAAACUUAUUACUGAACUUAAUACUGUACAAUUGUUUUGUAUUUUUCUAUAACCAACUUUUAAUGUUCACAUUAUCAGAGUUUGGCCUUGAAAUAUAUGAAGUAUGUCAGAUUGCUUUAUGUUGGACCAUUGACUUAAAAAUUAUAAUUUUCAUGUAAAAGAAGCAUUAAACACUUUUAUAUAUUCACUUGAGAAA